CGCACGCUUCGCAUCCCUCCGGAGUCGCUUCAAGAUCUUUGAGUUUCUCGCCGCUUCACUUAGGUCACUCAGUGGCACGUAGCUCUCGUGACGAGUCAGAAGCGAAGCAUCGAGUGAUUAACAAAAGUGAUUUACUCGGAAAAAAGAACAUUUACAAUAAUGUAAAUUGAGGGGAAAAUAUUACUAGUAAGAAAUUACAGAAAAUAUUGAAAAACAAUAAUAAAUUAUCAGUCGCGCAAUCUUUGUCGUUAAAAUCUGCGAAUAUUUUUGAAAAGAAUCUUCAAAGACAUAUCGUCGAUACAAUGGCUGUGGAAAAUAAUUCUAACGCUGCAAGAAAAAAUGGUUCAUUAUUUCCGAUUCGAUAUCUGAUGGCCAUAAUGGGAUCUAUCGGUCUCGCCAUUCUUUAUGGUUUUAAAGUCAAUGCCAGCGUAGCGAUCGUCGCUAUGGUGAAUCAUACUGCUGUCAAAUUAUCUACGUCGCAUAAUUUAGAAACUGAUGACAAUACUACGACAGUAAGCGCGGAUGGAUGCCAGUUUGACGAUGCCUCAAAUGUUACAAAGAUUACAGGCGAGAAUGGUCCAUUUGUAUGGGAUGAACUUAUUCAAGGUUUUAUUCUAUCUUCUUAUUUCUGGGGCUACACAGUAUCUAUGUUGCCGGGUGGAAGACUAGCGGAACUCUGGUCAGCCAAAUGGGUAAUGAAUGGAUCGGUCCUUUUAAAUGUCGUAGCUUCCAUAUUAUCGCCUAUUGCCGCGCGUAUUCACUACUCGCUCUUUAUAGCAAUGAGAUUUCUUCAGGGGAUCGGCGGGGGUGUAUCGUUCCCCGCUAUGCAUGUUAUGAUCGCUAAAUGGGCGCCGCCGAAUGAAAGAAGCGUUAUUGCCUCAAUUGUGUAUGCGGGGACGGCACUCGGUACCGUAAUUUCCAUCUUGUUAACCGGUCUGUUGGCCGCGAAUGUUGGUUGGGAUUCCAUCUUCUAUGUGGAAGGCGCGCUUUGUCUUAUUUGGUGCGUCGCUUGGUGGCUUAUGAUAGCAGAUUCCCCGGAAAAACAAACGAGGUUCAUCAGUGAAACAGAGAGAAACUAUAUCAUUAUGUCUUUGGGCGGACAUGGCCAGGAGAAUGUUCCCAAAACGGUUCCAUGGAGGCAAGUGUUUCGGUCCAAACCGUUUAUAGCGAUUUUGGUCGCUCAUUUUUGUAGCAAUUUCGGAUGGUAUAUGCUACUUAUCGAACUGCCCACAUUUAUGAAUCAAAUUUUAAAAUACGAUAUGAGCUCGAAUGCAGGAUUGUCAUCCAUUCCGUUUUUGUGCAUGUGGCUCUUCACUAUGAUUCUCAGCAAAAUAUUAGCCAUCCUGCAGGAAAAGGGUCUGAUCACAGUGACGAUAUCUAGGAAAAUCGGCACGCUUUUUGCGUCUCUUGUACCCAUGCUCUGCUUGAUACAAGUAUCAUAUAUCGGGUGCAAUCGCAUUGGGGCAGUUUUGUUGAUGACAAUCGGAGUGACUUGUAUUGGCGGAAUGUAUUGCGGCUUCUUGGCAAACCACAUAGACAUCGCACCCAAUUUUGCCGGUAGUUUGGUGGCAAUGACAAACUUCAUCGCCACUAUACCUGGCUUCGUUGUGCCGGUGUUCGUAGGACAAUUAACUCACGGAAAUCAAACCAUAGAGGCAUGGAGAAUUGUAUUCCUUGUAACGAUUAUUCUAUAUGUAAUCGAGAUAUUGGUUUACACUAUUUUUGGGAGCGGAAACGAGCAACCCUGGAACAAAAUAAAAGCAUUUGAUGAAGUGAGCGAUCAAACAUUACCUUUAAGAGAGAAUAAUGCGAAACAUGUUUGGUAAAAUUUUACAUUAUGAAUUAUAUUUUAAUUUAUAAUUAUUUAUAAUUUAUAAUUAAUUAUUCGUGUUUCAUCGUAAACAAUUCUAGAGACAUUUAUCAUAUAUAUAUGUAUAUAUACAUAUAUAUUUUGUGUUAUAUUUAUGUAUAAUACAAUAAGUUUGCCAAUAGUUAUUUUAUAAAUAAGAUUAAAAUUUAUUUAAUUAUUAUAAAAUAAUAUUUAUUUGUUAUAUAAUGAUUUCUAUAUAACAUUACAUCUUGA